CCCGCGACCACAAGGUGUGCUGCUUCCGCCUUCCAGCUGUCAACUAAUUCAUUCUGUCGUCUGCUGGUGCAACUGUUUGCAGUUAUUCGAGACUUCAGAGUUUCUAAGAUUUUCUUGUUUAUUCCAUCAAGUUAAAGAUGAACCAAAACAGCUUAAUUGGAGCGAAUUUAAGAAGAACACUGAUGUUGUCCCCUGGUCAACAAGAAAUCCCUCCUAAAGUUACACAAGGAGCAAACCGAACUGAAAUGGAACUAGGUGUGAGUGAAAAGGAGAAAACCGAUCAAGCUUUCAUGAAAGUGUCAUUUGAAAGGUACAUCUCCCAAAUCCUUUCCUCAACAGAACUAGAAGCUCACGAAGAAAGAUUGAAGAAGAUAAAUGAAGAAGCUCGUAAUCUUUCCAAAGAUGAAUGGAUGUAUCCUUCAAUUGAGAAGCUUCUUGGAAAUUGGAGUCAAUGAUUAAAAUCUGAACAACUUUAUUUUUUCACCUACAUAAUACAAUUAAACUUCCUUGUGAUCAACAA